AUGGAACAGCCACCACCCUACACCGGUUACCCACCACAACCUGCCCCCUAUCCCCCACAACAACAGCCUGGAUAUCCCCCACAACAACAGCCUGGAUAUCCCCCGCAACAACAGCCUGGAUAUCCACCACAACAACAGCCUGGGUAUCCCCCACAAAAACAGCCUGGGUAUCCACCACAACAGCCUGGAUAUCCACCUCAACAACCUGGGUAUCCACCUCAAGGACAAGGAUAUGUUCAGCAACCUGCCGGGUUUUCUUCGCAAACUACCAAUAAUACAACCGUGGUGGUAGUUGGGCAAGUAAGUUAA